UGCAAGAAGCCAUGGAUGAGAGAAUGUUGGGGGUUGCCCGAGCAGGGAAAGUUGAUGCCUUGUAUGCACUGAUUCAGGAGAAUCCAUCUGUGUUUGAGAGCAUUGAUGGAUUGCCUUUUGUUGAUAGUCCAUUACAUAUAGCUGCCUCUGAAGGACAUGUUGAUUUUGUUAUGGAAAUGAUGAUCUUAAAGCCAUCGUUUGCAAGGAAACUAAACCCAUGUGGGUUCAGCCCAAUGCAUCUUGCCCUCCAAAAUGACAGAAAUUUGGUGGUACGAGAGCUCCUAAGAGUUGACAAAGAUCUGGUUUGUGUCAAAGGGAAGGCUGGUUUAACCUCUUUGCAUUUAGCAGUUGAAAUGGGAAAUCUACAGCAUAUAGCCGAAUUUCUCAAAGCUUGCCCUGAAUGCAUUAAAGAUGUAACUACUCAAGGCCAUACUGCUCUGCACAUUGCAGUCAUCCACAACAACUUUGAAGCUCUCAAACUCCUGAUGUUUUGGCUACUGAAAUCCACCCACAAAGAAGCGGACAUUUGGGAAGAACAAGUUUUUAACAUGAAGGACCGAGAAGGAAACACAAUCUUGCAUAUAGCUGCAUCAAGGAAUCAUUACCAGAUUGUAAAAUUGUUAAUAAAAAGUGCAAAGAUCAAGAACGAGAUAAAUCUGAAUCAUCAUUCAGCUUUGGAAAUGUUAGAAGGCCAAGAUGAUACCAGAAAAACUGCACGCGCGCUACGCUGGGCUGGAUAUUUAAAAACCGAAGCCCACUUCAAACGUCAAACCGUAGCAGAGUCACUGGGAUCGGAAGAAGAAAUAUCAUGGUUGAAAAAAUUACUGACGAGGCAAGUUCGUCGGGAAAACAAGAAAUCAACAGAUGAUAAAAAGAACAAUUUACUGACACUAGUUGGGACAAUCUUCUUGGCAAUAAACAGUCAAUGAAAUUUUUCCUUGUCAGUUAUAGUUUAUAAUUUUUCUUUUAAUGUUGGUCAGACUCCUUUUAAUUAGAUUUAAUUAUUUUACUUUUUAUAUUAGAGUGAUCUGAUUUACUUAUCUUAAUUUUUAUUUUUUUCAUAAAAAGUAUAAUUGUAU